AUCAAGUCAUACUGAGGGUUAACCCACCCAUAGUACUACGCGACCCGCCAAAGCUCACGGUGUCGUAUCAUGCGAGUAACUGGACCCCCGAGUACGAAUGCCCGCCAUCCAAGGUGUGGACCUUGCUACCCGGAAUGCAGCACCAACCUUCCAAAGACACCCUUCCUACACUGGGGCAUCGUAUACUUAAUGCUGAGGUCUCGUGGGGCCAAGACAUAGACUUCGAGGGCGAAUUCACUUUUCUAAAAGGAUAUUGGGAGUGGGUUGAAGAAAUGCUUCACUUCUCCCACGACACCUUAAAGGAGGGGAAGAUAUAUGAUGCUGUGUUUGCGUCAUUAUUUACAUAUGACCGUAACAUCAAUAUUGUCAAAGCCUUCUGCGAAGCAUGGUGCCCAAGAACCAACACCCUGAUCACCUCGUCUGGUGAGGUGAGCAUAUCGCUUCGGGAUUUGCACGUUCUUGGGGGACUACCACUGUCCGGCGGUAUUUACGACGAACACAUCCCGAGUGCCCUGGACCUAGAAAGGGGCCCAAACAGGUGUUGUGCAAGCUUAUUCGAGGCCUUUUAUCUUUUAAACCAGCAAGAGGGUGGCACCCCCUUUGUUCAAGCAUCGCAAUGGAUUGACUUCUGGUGCAGAAAACCGCGAACACAUCCAGCUCCUCCACCUCCAUCUCAAAAGGACAGGAAAUCUCGGCCAAAGAAUACCCACAACCCAAGCGGAGAACUUAACAAAUCCCUCAGGUGGUUAGAUAUGAGCAGGACGCCCUUUCUCGAACUAGGCAUCUCCCGGCGUUUCGAAAAGGAAGCUUACUUGGCCGCGUUUUUAUCUUGUUGGUCCAGAGACACCAACAAGAACCAUUCGCCCAGAGACUUUCAAGAUAGCAUGUAUGAUGGCUAAAGGAGAUAAGAUAUGUCUUGCGGCUCCAGUACUUGCUAGUAUUUAUUCUGGUUUAAACUCAAUCUCGGAAUCCCACUCUCCUGGUCAAAUAGGAGAUCCUUUUCCAAUCCAUUACGUGUACAGCUGGCUAGCAACUUACUACCAAACCCACUUUAAGACCCCCAGCUUCACGUUAGCAAACCCAAAGAUGGUCACUAAUUCUGGGGAAGGUGGUGCAAGGUAUUACACCGAGAUGGAUGCCCGCAAGAAGAUAUUCAAAGGGGACGUUUCUUGGCUCUGCAACUCCCGCAAGGAUAAUAGAGAUUUUAUCUUUUACGACAACCGUAGAGGGAGUAGGGAAGACUUUGAGUACUUCAUAUGUUUGCGCCCCAGCUUCCUCGUUUUGCGCCGAGGGUCUCAAUGCAAAGCUGAGCCUUACAUGCCGCAUCGCUUCAGUCGUCAAUUUGGAUUCUAUCAAGCAUAUGCCCCCGGCCUGUUGGCGAAAGAUGUCCGUUAUGCUUCACUCACCGAAGGAUUCCGACUUCAUCGCCAAUAUGAUAAUAUCAACUCCCAAUCUAGGGCGACAUUUCCCAUGAGCCCGGCUGCUCCAAAGAAGCAUUUUUCGAACGAGUACAAGGCCUGGUUGAUCGAUGUGAGUGCAAACCUUCUCGAGAAUCAUUUCACAGACAUAGCCGUUAACGGAAACCCAAACGUACCUGUUGGCGAGGAAGGAACUCAAGAACAAAGAGACCAAUUGACCACCUCAAGGAACAAAAAAACACCUGCACAAGAGGACAUGUCAUCUCGGGAUAGGGCCUCAGGACAUGCCGUUCGAAGGAGCAGGGAGGAGAAAGCGAGGCAGCGAAGCUCGGACGAGGACGCUGGUAGUGAUGACGACCAAGAUCGCUGUUGGAAACGGCCUAGAGGGAGACCAUUGAACCAGGAUCCUGCCGAGCCACAUGUUAGCAACGAUGUCCAGUCAUCAAAUCACCCAGUCUUCAAUGGGACAAAGUGGCGGAAGCUCUAAUACCCUUGACCUAGAGGUAGAAUCCCACCAGUCGACGUUGCCCUUAAACACAACUCCUCAGGAGAUGCAGCCAGAGCCGUCCCAAGCCUCUAUCUUCCCCGGCGAGGAGUCGUUUAUAUCACAAUACAUGGCUUUCAUUGUUGGAGUUUGGAGUAGUAUCUGCUGGAAGCUUAAUGAGAUUCCAGCUGAAAGAAUUUCUUCUUUCCAAGGAAGCGUUGAAAGACAACUCCAAGAAAUGGGACGGGAUGGGGUGGACCUAUCAACAUUGAAGCGACGAGUGGCCGAGUUCUUUAACAAAGCCAAAGAUUACGAUCGGGCGCGGUCGCAGCUCUUGAAUGCACUGCCCGUUGAAACCCAAGCCGCGAAGCUAGUUCUAACGCAAGGUGUCCUUAUAGAAGCUCAACGGAAGUGUUCUCAAACCGAAACGUUUUUUCUUGACGAACAGAAAACCCUCAAAGACGCCGCCGAUCGAAAAGCCCUCCUGGAGAAAAUGAUAAAGGAUGCGCAGGAAGAGUUGAAGGAGAUUGAAGCCAAGAACCCGGAACUCCAAGACCGUGUGACGAAGGCUCAAGAACAACAUAACGCAUCGCAAGAGGCCGUGACCACCGCUGAGGAGGAAGUUAAACGUAUUCGAGACUGCCCCACGUUGACAGAUGAAGAUGAAGAAAAGCUUACUUCAAUCAAAAGAGAGCUGGAAGCGUAUAAGGAAGAUCUCAUGAGCUUUAGAAUACUUUAGAUUUUUUUUUUUUUUUUUUUGUUUUUUUGCUUAGAUUUUUUUUUGUAUAACGCAUGAGUUUUAUACUUGGAAACAAGACUUGAA